UGGACCAUGUGCUUUUUUCUGAACGUUUUCUGCCGCCCGCGUUUGGUGAACCGAUCGCAUAAUUUAGGAGCAGCGUUCAUUUGUGCCAACGCUAAAACCGAUGUUCGCAUAACACUUUCGCGAAGGCUCCAUUCUUGCGGAGCCCCGCGACAGUCGAGCAGGUCCUUCUUUGGGAGUUCGGGGAAACAUCUGACUGAGACGAGGUGUGAAGCCCGGAACUUGUGUGCCCGCCGAGAUGGAUAUGUCGAGUCCAGUGUUCAGCUUGAACCUCGGCACGCCGCUGUCAGUGUCCGCGCAAGCCGACAACGUCGAAGAGCAGCACCUGCAGCAGCUCGCGCGCCAGAUCCAACCGUCGCCGCUGCAACCGCAACAACAUGACUCGCCCAUGCACCAGUCCCCGUCGACGCAGCAGAGGAAUGCGAGCGUCAUACAACCGUACGCGGCGAGCUCGGGACUCACGCCGCAGUCCCUCAUGCAGCCCCAAACGCCGGCCGGACACGUUCACUCGUCUGGUGCGACACCGACUGGUGCGGGUUCGACACCACACUCGGCAAGUGCAGGCCUGUUCCCAUCGACACCUGGCCCUCCCAUGACACCCAUCACACCAGCAUCAGCAGAUCCUGGAAUUGUUCCACAACUACAGAACAUUGUCUCUACGGUAAACCUGGGCUGUAAGCUGGAUCUGAAGAAGAUUGCCUUGCAUGCCAGAAAUGCCGAGUACAAUCCCAAACGUUUUGCCGCCGUCAUCAUGCGCAUUCGGGAGCCUCGGACCACGGCCCUCAUCUUCAGUUCGGGGAAGAUGGUGUGCACUGGAGCCAAGAGUGAAGAGCAGUCAAGGUUGGCCGCCAGGAAGUAUGCUCGCAUCAUCCAGAAGUUGGGUUUUGACGCCAAGUUCCUUGAUUUCAAAAUUCAGAACAUGGUUGGCAGCUGUGACGUUCGUUUUCCCAUACGUCUCGAAGGCCUUGUCCUCACACACAGCCAGUUUUCAAGUUACGAGCCCGAGCUCUUCCCGGGACUCAUCUACCGUAUGGUGAAGCCUCGUAUCGUCUUGCUCAUAUUUGUAUCUGGAAAAGUCGUGCUCACAGGUGCCAAAGUGAGGUCUGAAAUCUACGAGGCCUUUGACAACAUCUACCCGAUACUGAAGGGUUUCCGCAAGCAGUGACCGGUGCAGCGACUCGCGGAGGAAGAGUUGAUGUGCUUCAGCAUCAUCAUAGUGCAUUGUGUAAAUAAGUGUUCGCGAUUCAUGCACUGCCAAGGCCACAAUGAUGGUUUGGGAAAGAACUCUCACGUGCACUUGCAACGUUUGUGGCAUGUUUCGGGACUGAUUGUGCAUGCUACAAGAAAGGACAAGAGACUUUUCUAAAUUGUGUUGUGUGGCAUAGUGCAGACUUUUUCUGAUGCGCAAGACGCUUGUAGGCUGUGGUUAACUGCGUCUGUGUCUCUUUCACUUGUAAAUAGAAUUAGAAAAAAUAUAUUAAUUGUACCUUUCCAUUUUUAUAGUUGGUCUGCAUCGAGUUGCAAGUUUUGCUCAGCUUGAAACUUGUUUCAAUUUGAGUUCUUCCGGAGCUGGCAAAAGCAAUGAUUUUCCGUAUUCGUAGUGAUUACAAUAUGGGUGGCCAUUUAUAUGUAAGUGCUACUGCCAUGUUUGUUCUGUUGUUUUUAAAAGUCCCCCAGUACAGUGGCUUUAGCAAAGCAUUGUGCAACUUCAGCUAGUAAGGUAACGUGGUAAGUCCUACACCCGCCAUGUACUUUAGGCAAAGCUUACAUACCUUUUUCUUCAUAACCACAAGAGCUACAGUAAUUAUUUUACUAUCAUUGUGAUCUUGAGCCGUCCCUCUUCUUACCGAAACAGAUGUAGCACUGAAAAUUGUGAUGCUCAUUUUUUGUAAACUUUUUCCUUCAGGUACCUAAUUAUCACUCGAUAAUAGCUUUUAGAUGUCGUGUUGCAGAAGCACACUUCCUCACACAACAAUAGAUCUGCAUCAGCAUAUUGUCUAUUACGUUAUCUAAAUAUAGGCCAAAUUCUUUGAUUCUUAGAUACUGUGCUUGCUGAGAAAAAAGAACAUUAGUAGAAAAAAGCAUGUUUUGAGAUAAUUACUGUAAAGUUGAAAAUCUGCAUUAUUUCAAAAGUACAAUGAGAUAACAGCAAAUUGACAGACCCGUUCAAUAAGCAUGAGCCAGAUACUCAUUCCCAAUAUCAUUUUUUUCUUUUUGUGUUGAAACUUCUUGCCUGGCGAGCCUGCUAUGUAGCUGUGUCAGCGCAGUACUGUUGACACAGUUCAAGGGUGCGCGGACAGUAAUUCCAAAAUAGUUCAGCACAUUCACACGUGCUAUAUUGCCAUCAUCAAAAGUGAACACAGCAUCAAAAGUGCAUGCAUAUUUACCGUGUUUGGUGCCCGAGGAAGACGUUAUUUUUGGAGUGCGCUCCUACACGACUGUCCGACGACUCGUUAUCGUUUUCAGUUUUCCUGUGGAGUCGUUUAGCAAGUAAUUUUCGAUUAGCUAGUUCCAGAUCAUUUGGCUUAACAGCCGCUAUAAAAGAUGCUGGAAGGUGUUUCUGAACGAAUGGUUCACCAUUCAACUGGGCUUGAUUGAAUUUACACCAAGUUUAGGCAUCCUUCGAGCAAAGGUCAUAUGAUUGAUUGGUAUCCUUUGAUGCCAUGUGAAAUUAUGUGAACUGGACAGCUUUUUGCAUGUCCUCCAAGCUCUAUUUCUUUUAAUGGCCCAAUGAUAAUAGCUUUAGUGCUUGCCAACUAGGACACCACUAAGAGGUCCCCGACCAGAUAUAGAUUUCCUGACAGAAAGCUCGAUGCCCAUGCUUUCUUUCAUUUUCGCAGUUCUGGCCCCAUUCUUUUCCGUAUGUGCCGAAUGCACUCCAGCUUCCAAACUGUAACUUCUCCAUAUGGCAACUAUGCUUGAACUGCAAAGGAUCCAUUCCUAUAUAAGAUUGGGGGCAUGGCAGGCCAUUGCACGAGCUUUAAAAUACGUAAUUUUUAGAAAAACAAAAUUAUAAACACAAAGAAAUGACUGAUUCUGGUUCAGAAAAAGUUGCAGAUUUCAAAUAAUGCUAAGAUAAAAAAUGAUUUUUAAAACUAUUUUGUUUACCCUUUCCCUUAAACAGACAUCACAAUGGAUAAGCAUGUGUGUUUGUUUUGCAGCUCCAGAAUGAAACACGUUUGAUAUAAAUUUCAUGCACACAGCUGUGCAUACACUUAGUGAGCAUCUAGUUCCAUGUUUUCUACCUGAAAAGAUUGUAGCUUAGAAAAAAUGAAUUGUAAAAGAUGGUACUUUGAAUGCAUAUACAUAUCCGCUGCAUAUAUUUUGUACAGGUAUGACUAAUUGAAGUGUUUAAUUUUUCUCUCACGAUCCAGCAUGUGCUGUAGCAUUUCCAUCAUUAGAGCUUUACCAAAGCACUUGUCACAAUGCACAAAUCUUAUUUAUACCGACAAAUACGUGUUUUAGAAGCAGUCACAAUUUUUUGAGUGGAACUACUGCUUUAGUCGCGGAGCGAAUUGGCUUUUGCGCUUCGGUCAUCUAGGCGGGACCUUUCCUGCCUUCUUAAGUUGUACCCGACUAUAGGUAUAAUGUCCACAGCAUGGUUCUGUAAAAAUGCAAGCAUACAGUUGGCCAUAAAAUAAUUUUAUCCUGCAUGUGUGUGUACUGCCUUUGCGGUGAGGUUCCUGCUGUUGGCUUCCUUCUCCGAGUGGAUGUGCAAUUCUUCGCACAUGUAUAGGCAUGUCUAGUUAUCGCUUUUGCCUGUGACUCUACCUUGGUGCAACAGGUGUAAUUAAACUUUGGAGCAGA